CUCAAGCCUCAUGGCAUUUCCCCAGGGCCACGGGGCCCCUCCAGGCCGGACAGCGCGCUCCUGGGCCCGGCUCCUCCUGGCAGCCUCCAUCCUCACCGCCGGGGUCCGGCCCGCGGCCCCUCUCACCGUUCCACCGGCCGUGGCUGCAGUCGGGGACAACGUCACUCUGACCGCCCACGGACACCCAGCCAACGUUGGCGUCUAUAAUUGGUACCGAAGGACAAGUCUGGAAGAAAAUCUCAUCUGUAAAUACCUAACAACCCCACCCAGUCAGACACUUGGAAAAGCACACACGGGCCGAGAGUCUGUGCGCCCCGAUGGCUCCCUGCUCAUCACCAGCGUUACUGUCAACGAUACCGGUCCCUACUCUGUAGACAUCGUAUUUAAGAAUUUUACUUUUACUUCAAGCAGGGUGGAGUUACAAGUUGAUGCAGGAGGAAGCCAGGAAGGCAAUUUCCGGACCAGAACUUCCAGGACAGCUCAGGGACACACGUCUAGACUGAAGCGGUUGUCUCAGCCCAGCCUCACGGCCUCCUACACUGAUGCCGUGGAGCACCGGGACUCGGUGACCUUUUGGUGCCUCCCUGGGGACCCGAGUGAUAACUUGUUUUGGUUUGUGAACAACACGGACCUGAUGACCAGCGACAGGCUGGAAUUGUACUCCGGCAACAGGACUCUCACCGUGCACAACGUCACCCGUGGAGACGCUGGCACCUAUCAGUGUGAAGCCCGGGAUAUGGUCAGUGCCCAGCGGAGCAACCUGCUGACCCUGACUGUCAGCUAUGGUCCCGACAGUGUGGUGAUCCUCAACCAGCCCCAACCCAUCGAGGCCAAACUCGAGUCCACCGUGAUCAUUUGGUGCCAUGCUCCAUCCCUCCCGGCUGCUCAGUACCGCUGGUAUGUCAAUGGCACCAGCCUGGGGAGCCCUGAGAACUAUCUCACCAUUCUCCGCAUGUCCUGGAAACAGCAGGGCAACUACACAUGCCUGGCUCACAACCGCCAGACCCAGGGAGCCGCUUCAGCCUCAGUUUUCCUCAGCGUGGCCGUUGAAGCUCCCAUCCUGGCGGUCUCCGAUCCCUCACUCUCCGGAGGGACCAUUGCCGGCAUCACCAUCGGAGCCCUGGCUGGGGGGUUGCUGAUUGCGGUGCUGGGGUAUUUCCUGAUCACCACGAAGGGCCGAAGGCAAUUGGGGGAGCCCACGGGAGAGCCUGGCCUGGGAGAAGGGAGUCCCCCAGCUCCCAACACCUCAAAGAGUGCCGUUUUCUACGUAAACCUCCAUCCCACUGAACCAGCCCCAUCGGCACAGGGAAGGUCUCUCAGGCCCUUGUCUCUGGAGGCUCCCACAGAUUGCAGCCUGGUCUACAAGAACUGGUGUCCUACAGACAUGAACAUCUACUGCAAGAUCAAGCCAUCAGCCUAGGCAGGGAAGUGCCUCCCCUGGUCCUCCCCUCCUCCUCUUCCUGGGGGAAGCCCUGCUCAGGACAAGGUCGGGUGGGCCAGGGACAUGGACGCCAGAGGCCGAUGGCCACGGGAACUCGGGGAGCCACUGUUACCGAAAGGCCAGGUCAACCUGCUGUAUGGAAAGAUGGUCAGGUGGCCCAUCAAUGACCGAGUGUCCCCUGGGAGCCUCAGAUUAGGGUCAGAGAAUGUUCCAGAGUGACCUGGUGACCUCAUGGGGGGGAGCAUCAGGUGUCAUUGGCUACUGGGAGCUCAGUCAGAGGGGAAGGGGGAGCCCUGAUCUUUCCUCCCAGGUGGCCAGAUGGGAAGAUCUCUCUGACCCCAUUGCUCUCCCUCUGCCACUGGCUGAGGUGGACACCUUGCUGGGCUUGCCCUGUACCUCUGUCCCUCCUGAUCAGGCCCAGGAUCUGCCAGGUCACCCCGGGGCAGGUACUGACUCCGUCUCCAGGUCCAACCCCACAGCCCGGGGGACUGUAAGAUGGAUCCGCCCUGACCUGGGCUGGGGGCAUGACUCUCCCUCCCUGGAUCAGUGCUAAUGGGGGCCUGAACCUGAAGGAGAAGGAACAGCAGGCCUGGCCAGGGAGAGUGGCGUGGGCAGGGAUGCUGGACUCAGAUACGCAGUCUAAAUCAUUCGGUCGUGUUCAUACCCAGCUCUUAGCUCACAGUGCAUGCAUAAUAAAUGCCGUUAU